CAAACGAAUUUAGGGGGUGGAAAUAUGAGAAUAAGAAAAGUAGGAGAACUAAAUUAUAAAUAAAGAAAAGAAGGCGAGAAGUGCAUGCAGAGUGCGUGGAUGAGGAUAAGGUUAAGCCAACAGUUACUUCUGUCCCCUCUCAAAUACUUAACUUAUCCUCUCCCUCACCUUUUUAAUCUUCAAAUUAUUUUAAACAAUUAAUGACAACGUGAUAAAUAAUAAUUAUUGCUUUUUGUUUUUAUUAAAGUUUUCUAAAAAACCACCAGAGCACCUUGUAUAAAGACCUCAUCUCCUCUUCUCUUUCAUUUCCUGUCUGUAUUGUGAGUUUUGAGAAUACAAAGAAGUUCCAAAGUUAUAAUUUCCUGCAAUGGAUAAAAUUGAUGAAUCUUAUAUGUUUAAUUUCUCCGGUGAUCAAUCUUCUUCUGAGUCAUUCUCUUCUUCUACUUCGGCUUCUUCUUCCAUUGGGAGGAACAGCGACGACGACGAGGAGGGAAAGUCAUCAGAGAAUGAAGCUGAGUCUUCUUACAAAGGUCCUCUUGAUCUGAUGGAAUCUCUCGAAGAAGUCUUACCCGUGAGGAAAGGGAUAUCGAAUUAUUACAAUGGAAAGUCAAAGUCUUUCACGAACUUAGCCGCCGCUGCCUCUGCGUUGACUUCCUCUUCGUCGAUGAAAGACUUAGCGAAACCCGAGAAUCCUUACAGCCGUCGGAGGAGGAACCUCCUCUGCCAUCAGAUCUGGGAGAAUAGCAAAACGACUCCACGUGGCGGGAUCUCGAAGAAACACGUCAUGAGCUCGAGCAGGAGCGCGUUGACGCUAGCCAUGGCGGUUGCUGCUGGUGUGAUGGCGAGAGAAGGAUCUUCUUCUUCCUCAGGAGGAGAUUCGUCGCCGGGAUCAACGAGUCCGACGACGUCUGGAUCGCCUCCGAGGCAGAGACGUGAGAGUCAGAUGAUGAAGCUUCCUCCGCUGUAUCCUAGUAGGAGUCGAGAGUCUUUUGGUGAUGUGAAGUCGUCUUCUCAGUCGUCGUCUGGUGUUUGUGCGUGGAGGUCGUAUUCUGUGGCGGAUAUUUCGAGGUGUUAUCCGGCGACGGGUUGUGGUAUUGGGUCUAGUGACUAGUAGGGAUGUUAACAGUUGUUUUGUUUAAUCUUAUCUAUAUUUUUUUUUUAAGUUAACCCUUUUUUAGUUUUGGAGUAACGUCCGGAGAAUGUAUAUACGAGUUUCGAAACUUUGAAAUGGAUCCACACAUCUUUUUUAUUUCGUGUUUUUUCUUUAAAUACGUUACCUCCCAAAUCUUGGCGCACUCAAUCAGAUCUGAUAUGUAUGAGUGGGAAUCCGAAAUUCUCAUUCGUUCUUAUCCAAGUUUUAAAUACUGAACCUUUGCACAAAGAG